UUCUUUGCUGCCCCAUAACCCCUUUUCCCCUACCCUCUUUACUUUCAAGCAAGAAUACACUAAAUUUUCUUUUCCAUUCUUCACCAUUGCAUGACAAUAUAAUAAAUACACAAACCAAAUCUCACCCUUUUUGAAUUCAUUUCUUUUACGCUAAUUAAUCACCCUACUUCUAACAUUCAUCACGUAGUAUAAGAAUUACUCAUCACUCAUCUCAUCAUCUUUAACCUAAAACAAAUAGAACUUCAAUAAUGAAACUCAAAAGCAUUACUUUUUUUGGGCUCUUUGCCUUUGUUAUUGCACUUCUUUCCAUUACAUUCGCCAUUUUUAUAAACUCUUCCUCUUCAAACUUAGAUGUUGUAAAACAAGUCACUUUCCAUGACUUCCUAGGGGUUCUUAAGGAUAUCCGCGGCGGCCGCUUUUGGAGUAAACAUCACCACCACCACCACCACCACCACCAUGGCAAUGGAAGCACACAUGAGAUGUGUGCUGAUCAGUCAAUGUGGAGAUCUACUUUGCCAUCUUUAUACCGCGUUUCUCAAACUUUAACUGUUGAUUUGCAUGGUUGCGGAAACUUUACUAGUGUACAAAAAGCGGUUGAUGCUGUACCAGAUUUAAGCUCUUCUUCCACCCUCAUUAUUAUAAACUCAGGUCUCUACAGGGAGAAAGUGAUGAUCAACGAAAACAAAACCAACUUGAUAAUCGAAGGCCAAGGGUAUGAAAACACAAUAUUAUCCUGGAAUGACACUUCUAAUUCUACUGGAGGCACAAUUUACAGUGCCUCAGUCACCAUUUUUGCGCCUGGGUUUAUAGCUUACAACAUUAGCUUUCAGAAUACAGCUCCUCAACCAUCACCAGGAGACGAAGGAGGGCAAGCAGUGGCACUAAAAAUAUCAAGUGAUCGAGCUGCCUUUUAUAGUUGUGCAUUUUAUGGGGCUCAAGACACGCUUAAUGAUGAUCGCGGGAGACAUUACUUUAAGGAUUGCUUCAUUCAAGGCUCUAUUGAUUUCAUUUUUGGAGAAGCUAGAUCCUUUUAUGAGAAUUGCACCAUAAAGUCAAUAGCUCAAGGGAAUCCUCAAGGGGUGGAUGGAUCAAUAACGGCACAUGGUAGGCAAUCAAAGGAUGAAAAUACAGGAUUCUCCUUUUUAAAUUGCAACAUUAGUGGAAGUGGUAGAAUUUGGCUUGGCAGAGCUUGGGGAGUGUAUUCAACAGUGAUCUUUGCCAAAACAUAUAUGUCUGAGGUUGUAUCUCCUGAUGGUUGGAAUGAUUGGAAAGAUCCUUCUAGAGACUCGACUAUUUUCUUUGGAGAGUAUGAAUGCACAGGUCCAGGAGCAAAUUACGAAAAUAGGGUCUCGUAUAGUAAGCAUCUAAAGGAAUAUGAAGUCGCCCCAUACAUAAAUAUUUCCUACAUUGAUGGAAACGAGUGGCUUCUUCCUGAUCCAAGUCUUUCAUUGUAUUCUAUAAACACAAAUCAACAAGAUGUAUACCUAUCGAGUUCUAUUUAAUAAUUGCUAUUUAAUUUUGCAUUAAUGCACAAAAUUUCCCAUACUAUUUUUUAAUUCUAAACUAGUAUUUUGACCUUGGGGAUGUCCGAGUCAAUUACAAUUAUCAAAUAUAUUAUUAUUCAUAAAUUUGAUAA